UGAUGAUCAGACUAUGUCUGCUGAGGGCCACCCCCGUGCUGAAGAGUUUACCCGUGAUUCGCCAAGCGUAGCCACAACACAAGACGCUGACGAUGAGGGCUCUGGGAGCAAGGCUGAGGACGACAACGAUGAUGAUGAUGAGGAUGACAACAACGCCAAUGCAAAGGGCAAGAAAGUCGAGAAAGCCCGCGCUAAGAAAGGACGACUCGUUAUCAGGCUUUCUCGGGCUACAACACAAGAGCAGUCUCACCAAAUCAAGGACACUCGAGGAAAUAUCAUCAGUGAGACUCGCUCCAAGGUGCGUCAUGACCUUGCCUCAUCAUCUACUCCUAUGCAAAGAGUGCAAACCACAAGCAACCUGGCAGAAGAGUUAGCUUUGUAUGACAGCUGCUCUGACCUAGACACAAUAAACCAGGCUAACCCCAUAGGUGCAGAAACUGAUAUUUUCAGUUUCCGAGUAGAAGACGCAGCAUCUAGCCCAACUGCGCAUGCACAAGCCUCACCAAACCACUCUGUUGCCUCCCAACAGGUAGUAGUUUCACAUAUUGGGGAUCUUAUACCCACCUCGCUGUCUCCCUACGAAGCAGCUGAGGAUUUACUUUGUGGUCUUCCGCCCCAGACCACUACCCCUCCUUCUAGCACAUUGAGUCUAGUUUCCACCAUCCCAACAUUUUCCACUUUUUCUAGGACACAUACACUGCUCACACCACUGCACACAACAAGUGCACUUUACCUGUCCUCAACGAUCGGAGAUACGUCAAUGAUGAUCGGAAGUCCUGCUUCUCCACAGAUAUCUCCAUCAUUAUCUGCAGGCCACACUUCGGAAAUCUAUACUGAUGCUGUGACAACGGUUACUACCCCUGUAACCGGAAACCCUGACCCUACCGACCUUUCAGUCAUUCUACAGCGUUUCUUGGAUUCCACCAUUAAGCCAUGGGUGCACGAAGCAAUAACCGCUCGGGCACAGGAAUUCAGGAACACCCCGGCGUUGCUAAAUGACAUCAUCCAACCCCAACCAUCAUCCUCACAUACCCAACAAACCCAACCAAUUCCUAUCAUACCUACCCAACAAACCUCUGAACCAUCCACAACCCUACCCCACUCACCUACUGCUUCGAGGGGAACCCAGGAUACAGAACUAGUGUCCUCCUCUACUUCGACCACACCUUUUCCUGACCCAAAAACUUUACCGUUCGAGGUACUCGAAAACCUUAUGCUAGAUCAACUACUAGCUACCGAAGAAGGCAACCUAACCCAGAAACAAAAAGACCUUCUUCGGAUCCUUAAGCCUGACAGCUCAUGCCGUGAUAGUUUCCUCGGUCACAAACGUUCGCAUGAGGACCCCGAUGACUCGGAUCCUCAUGAGGGGGAGAACAAGAGACAAAGGAUGCUUGAGCGUGAUGCGUCGACAAGCCAACCUUCUACGCAAUCCAACCAACCUGAAUCCUCGAACAAUCAGCCCCCACCAUCCACUCAACACAAAAGCCAAACAGCCAAUCCACCCACAUCUAGCCCGGUCGAGCUAGAAACAACACUCCUAGGCGCAUCCUUUACCGGUGCUGUCCAAGGAUGGAGUGGAAGUCCUGAGGUUGCUACGUCAAGUACACCAUUUUACUCAGGCCAUCAGAAAGAACCCUGUUCUAAUCUGGUGUAACGGGCAAUCCUGAGGAUCCCGGUGUUUCACAUGACAGGUCGCCUUCGACACAACAACAAGCUCACUCUAAGCCCUCUGGUAAUCAAAUACAAGAUGAACUGGAAGACCUUCUAGUUCAUGAUCAGUGGCCUCGCGAGUGGACAGAGUGGGAUGAUCUUAGAGUGGAAGCGGAGCAGUACGAAAUGUGUCGAAGCUGGCAACUCAGAGAAUUUCUCAACAAAUAUCAUGCACAAAUGAUUGGACUCGAUGAAGAUGAACUCAAGGAAGGGGAGAAUCAUAAAGAAAAUCCCAAGGCACCAGAACCAGUCAAAGAAAAAUGGGAAAUUGUUAGAAUCAAAGCCCCCUUCCUAGAAGAAAUCCGAGAGAAAAUCUGGCGACAACCUGAAAAAAUCAAGAAGUUCAGUGAAUUAAAGACAGUGAAUUAAAGAUGCGAGGAAUCAAUCACUUGAAAGGAAAAUACCGAGGAGGAAACCUGUAUAUGCUAGGACACAGAUCCACAGGGGAACGAAGACAAGUUCUAAAUCAUAAUCUUGCAACAAGUGGAUGUCCUAUAUCGAAAAUCCUGGAUAUCACAGAAGACUACUUGGAGACGAUUAAGUUCCUGAUCUUUCGUCUACAACGUACCGAUGGCUCGGAGUUCACCUGUCAAGAGAAUGACUUCUUCCUACUGCAUAUGGAUGAUAUUUAUCAAAUGUUCAUGAGAUGCAGGGAGCUCCCAGUGCACAAAGACAGACUUGCUAGAGAAGGUUUUGAGGCCAUAAAGAGAUUCAUGACAAGACAAGUUCGGUUCUACGCCUCCCAUGAUCUCCAGAUGACUCUAGAGCACAAUUAUUCAAAGGCGAAUCUUACACGACCGGACUUGGAUAGACCUGGGCUUGAAACCUUUACAGCAUAUUAUACAUUUGACAAGCCCAUCUCAGUCAUCUAUCUGAAUCACAAAGAAGAGAAGCGUCUGAUGAUUGUUGAAGACAUUCAAAAAUACUGUGAUGGGACUCUGAAAAUCAUCCGAGAACAGCUGCAGCCAAGGAAAGAAGAGCUAGAUAAAAGACAGAAUGAAGCCUCGAAGGAAGAAAUCAAGGAAUUGGAAAGAGUCGAUAAAAUCUUGAAAGCCAUCGAGAAACAACUUGACAGAAGAAGGUCUCUCAGAAAUUACGAGCAUGCACUAAAUCUCAGAAAGCAUUAUUUUAAAGCUCAGAAGUGAAGAAAAGAAGAAGCAAGAACAUCUGAUCACAAAGGGGGAGAUUGUUAGAGAUAUUUUCAUUAUAUUGUGAUCAAUGUUUCUUAGCUCUUUGUAUUUAGCUUAUAUAAAUAAAUAGACUAGCUAGAAUAAUGAAUAGGCCUUUUAAGGCAAAUUGUAAUAAAGGCUUACAUGCCUUUUUAGGUAUGGGCCUCCUAGAAAAAGGAGCCCAAAUGAUUGUAAAACCUACCUUUCCCGUCAGGCUAUAUAUAUGCCUUAAGGGAAAGGCUAGGUUAAGCUUUUCAACAUUCUCUGUGCCGCAGUGCCUAUUCUCGUGUAAGGUUUUUACGCUAAAACAUUCAUAUCAUUCUGUAAAACCUUCACAUCAAUGGAAAGCUUCAAAUCAUAGAUCCAUCUUCCAUACAUACAUAUUCUAGACUAGAAAAACAGGGACCUAACACUAUACAAUGAACGUGUUUCUUCUUCCAAACGAUCUGUGCAGGGAGAUUGAAGUUUUAAUGAAUGGGUACUGGUGGAAAGGGAAGUCGGGUUCGGGUAUUCGCGGGAAGGAGUGGGUUUCUCUUAAUACUCCGAAAAAGGUGACUCAGAAUAUUUAACAAUCCGGAUUCCCUUGUUGGAAGAGUCUUUAAAUCCCGUUACUUUUCAAAGGGGACUUUUUUUACAGCUACUCUUGGGCAUAAUCCUUCUUUCGUCUGGAGGAGUUUAUUUGAAACUCAGAAUAUUAUUCGGGAUGGCUUCAAGUGAAGGGUUGGUGAUGGCAGGUCCAUUAACAUCUGAGAGGACCCGUGGUUGCCAGACCCAAUUAACCCGAGGGUUAUUACGGUGGCGGGGGAAGGAUUGCAGGAGGCCGUGGUUAGGAAUCUCAUGGAUGAAAAUGGCAAAGCUUGGGAGGAGGACAUUCUGGAUGGUAGGGAUGCUGAUCUUAUUCGGAGGAUUCCCCUUAGCUUUCGUCCGGUUCCUGAUGCAAAACAGUGGAGGUGGGAAGAGGACGGACGGUUCUCGGGUUAGGAGCUGCUAUCGACGUCUUAUUGGAGAGCUUAAUCCCGACUAUUGGACAGGGUGGACUGGUAUGUGGAAUUGGAAAAUUCAUCCUAAACUCAAAAUCUUUUUUUGGCAGGUAUGUAGCGGAUGUUUACCAACAAAAAAUUUGUUGAUAGCUCGAAGAGUGAACUGUACAGCAAGUUGUGGUUUAUGUGGCAGAACUGGCGAAUCCUUAUUGCAUGUCUUCAAGUCGUGCCCGGUUGCGCAAGAAGCAUGGAGAUCGGUUUCGUGGAGCUGGGCCAGCUAUGGAGGAGAUCACUUCCUGGAGCAACUCAAGAUAGAAUUUAAAUCAAAGAGAAAAGAGGAUUUGGAAGUUUUGGUUUGGGGGUGUUGGGCCCUCUGGUGUGAAAGAAACCAGUAGGCAUGGCAAUGGGUCGGGGCGGGGCGGGUACUGCAAGACCCAUACCCGCCCCGUGACUUGGCGGGGCAGGUCCGGCCGCCCCGCCGUAACCUUAUUAGGUAGUACGUAUUUUUAUUUGUGGGGAGUUGUUACCAAUUGAAUCUACAUAAAGUUUAUCUCUAAAUAAUAAUUAAAAAUUAAUAUAUUAAAUCAAAU